AUGGUGAGGUCCAGGGUGAAGUUAACACUCAUAGCUGACAAAACAUCAAGGAGAACAACGUUCAAGAAGAGGAAGGCAGGGAUUAUGAAGAAACUCAACGAGCUUGUGACUCUCUGCGGCGUCAAAGCCUGUGCUGUCGUCUACAGCGGUGAAAACGAUGAGAACCCGGAGGUUUGGCCGUCAUGGCGAGGUGCUGAUGAGGUGAUUUCGAAGUUUCUGGAGUUUCCGAAGGUGGAACGGGAAAAGAAGAUGUACAACCAACCGACCUAUACGUACGAGAGGAUCAUGAAAGAACAAGCAACACUCCUGAGGCUGCAAGAAGAGAACCGAGAGUUUGAACUUAAAGAGAUUAUGUUCGAUCUUUUCAGAGGGAAGAGGCUAACGAGGGGACAUCAUUAUCAUGAUGCAAAUGAUCUUCAAGAUUUGAGUAAGUUACUUGAAUCUUAUAGCAGUGAUCUAAAUAAGAGGAUCUACAUGCUUCAGGCUAACGGUGAGCAAAAUUCGUUUCCUCCCCUUGAUGUCGGUGUUGUGGAUACAGCCCAUCCUGUUGUUAUGGAUGUGAACCCUAUUGCUGAUGCAGAUGUUGCUGACGUAACGAUGCCUUUUGGAUUUUCUGAUCAUAUUCAAAACAUGAAUAUGGAUAUGAACCAACAAGCUCAUGCAUAUCAUAAUGAUUAUAUUCCAUAUCAGAAUAUGAAUCAGCAAGAGUUGGUUCAACACCAGAUUCCAACUUAUUAUCCUAACCAUGUUCAAUAUCAGAAUAUGAACCAUCAAAACCAGUUUCAAUACCAAGUGCCUAAUAAUGUGUAUGAUCAGAAUCAAUAUGGAUUCUAUGGUCUGAACCAGGGUAUGGGUUUGGAUUUUAAUCAUAAUCUGAAUGAGAGUUUCAAUCAGUAUCCAAAUCCACAGAAUCAACCGUUCAUGAACCAAUGGAUGGAACAACCUCAGCAGAUGAAUUAUGCUGAAGAGCUUGCAAAUGUUGCUCCCAUGGACGACAACUACUACAACUACCAUCAACUACCAAGCACCAGUUACAUGCCUUCCAUGGAUCUUUCUGCUCUUAACACCAACAACUUUCCUACUAGGUUUGGGUUGGAGUGA